AUGGAGGACGCCGCCCAGCGCCGCCGCGUCGGCGCGGCCACCGCCCACCUCCAGCGCCCGCCGCCGCCGCCCGCCGGGGGCUGCGGCGGCCUCGCCGUCAACCCCACCGCCGCCGAGUACGUCCACGCGCAGGGCUACAGUGUUGUUCUCCCUGAGAAAUUGCAAACCGGCAAGUGGAACGUGUACCGGUCCACGCGUUCACCUCUAAGGCUGAUAAGUAGAUAUCCCGACACCCCAGACAUUGGAACGCUGCAUGAUAAUUUCACGUAUGCAGUUGAGACUUUUACAGACUGUAAAUACCUGGGAACAAGAAUCAGAACUGAUGGGACAAUUGGAGACUACAAAUGGAUGACAUACGGAGAAGCUAGCACGAGCAGGACUGCAAUAGGUUCUGGUCUUAUCUAUCAUGGAGUUCGUGAAGGUGCAUGCAUUGGUCUGUAUUUUAUAAACAGACCCGAGUGGGUUAUAGUUGACCAUGCUUGUUCUGCAUAUUCAUAUGUAUCUGUGCCACUUUAUGACACUCUCGGCCCAGAUGCUGUUCAAUUCAUCGUGAACCAUGCAGCGGUGGAAGUAAUAUUCUGUGUGCCUCAAACUCUAAGCAUUCUGUUAAGUUUUAUAGCUCAAAUGCCUUGUGUUCAGCUUAUAGUGGUAGUUGGUGGAGAUGAUGCAAAUAUGCCAUCAAUGCCAGUUACUACUGGAGUGGAAAUCAUAACUUACUCCAGGCUGCUCAUCCAGGGAAAGGCCGGUCCUCAACAUUUUCGUCCGCCAAAACCUGAAGAUGUUGCCACUAUCUGUUACACUAGUGGCACUACUGGCACGCCAAAGGGAGUUGUUCUUUCUCAUGAGAACUUAAUUGCAAAUGUAGCAGGAUCAAGCCUGAACAUUAAGUUUUACCCCUCCGAUGUGUAUAUCUCAUAUCUACCUUUGGCUCACAUCUACGAGAAGGUUAACCAGAUUGCAGCACUGCACUGUGGUGUUGCCAUUGGAUUCUACCAAGGGGAUAAUUUGAAGCUCAUGGAUGAUCUGGCUGCUUUGAGACCGACAAUAUUCGCAAGUGUCCCCCGGUUAUAUAACAGAAUUUAUACUGCAAUUACAAAUGCCGUGAAGGAGUCUGGUGGGCUGAAAGAAAAAUUGUUUCAUACUGCAUACAAUGCCAAGAGACAAGCAAUCCUCAAAGGGAAAAAUCCAUCCCCAGUGUGGGAUAAGUUGGUAUUUAACAAAAUAAAAGCUAGGCUUGGUGGACGAGUGAGACUUAUGAGUUCAGGUGCUUCUCCACUGGCAGCAGAUGUCAUGGAAUUCCUGAGGAUAUGCUUUGGUGGUGAAGUUCUUGAAGGCUAUGGAAUGACAGAGACAUCCUGUAUCAUAUCUGCAAUGGAUGUUGGUGACAGAUCAAUUGGUCAUGUUGGAUCCCCAAUUGCAUCUUGUGAGGUGAAACUUGUGGAUGUCCCAGAAAUGAAUUAUACGUCUGACGAUCAACCUUAUCCUCGUGGAGAAAUUUGUGUUAGAGGACCUAUAAUAUUCCAUGGUUACUAUAAAGAUGAAGUUCAAACAAAAGAAGUCAUUGACGAAGAUGGUUGGUUGCACACUGGAGACAUAGGUCUGUGGCUACCUGGAGGGCGUUUAAAGAUUAUUGAUAGGAAAAAGAACAUUUUCAAGUUAGCUCAAGGAGAAUACAUAGCUCCAGAGAAGAUUGAAAAUGUUUAUGCCAAAUGCAAGUUCAUUGCCCAAUGUUUUAUAUAUGGUGAUAGUUUAAACUCUUCCUUAGUUGGUAUUAUUGCAGUUGAACCAGAGGUUUUGAAGGCUUGGGCUGCAUCUGAAGGGAUCCAGUGCGAAGACUUGAGACAGCUUUGUGCUGACCCCAGAGCAAGAGCUGCUGUCCUGGCUGAUAUGGAUUCUGUUGGGAAGGAAGCGCAGCUAAGAGGUUUUGAAUUUGCUAAAGCUGUUCGGCUUGUUGCUGAGCCAUUCACAGUGGAGAAUGGUCUCCUCACCCCAACAUUCAAGGUCAAAAGACCGCAAGCUAAGACAUACUUUGCAAAGGAAAUUUCAGAUAUGUAUGCAGAGUUGCGGGAGGCGGAGGCACCCAGGCACAUGGCGCCGUCCAGGCACGCGGACGAGGGCGGGCAGCUCCAGCUCAUAGACGCCGACAGGGUCGAGGACGAGGAGGAGUGCUUCGAGUCCAUCGACAAGCUGAUAUCUCAGGGGAUAAAUGCAGGAGACGUGAAGAAGCUGCAGGAUGCAGGGAUUUACACUUGCAAUGGCCUAAUGAUGCAUACCAAGAAGAACCAGGGCUUCAUGACAGGAAAUGAUCUCCUUCUUAAGGUCAGGGAAGACCCAGUUGGCUCAUACACUAUGUGUCUCCACUCAGUUUUCAGCCGACCUGAACGCAUUGUGCCAAUUGCUGAGAGAUUUGGGAUGGAUGCCAAUGCUGUUCUCGACAAUAUCAUAUAUGCUCGUGCAUACACCUAUGAGCACCAGUACAACUUACUCCUGGGCCUUGCUGCCAAGAUGGCUGAAGAACCUUUCAGGCUUCUGAUUGUGGAUUCUGUGAUUGCACUAUUCCGUGUUGAUUUCAGUGGCAGGGGUGAACUUGCAGAGCGCCAGCAAAAGCUAGCACAGAUGCUGUCCCGUCUUACCAAGAUUGCCGAGGAGUUCAAUGUUGCAGUGUACAUCACCAACCAAGUGAUCGCUGAUCCAGGUGGCGGCAUGUUCAUAACCGAUCCAAAGAAACCAGCAGGAGGCCAUGUGUUGGCGCAUGCUGCCACCAUCAGAUUGAUGCUGAGGAAAGGCAAAGGCGAGCAGCGUGUCUGCAAGAUCUUCGAUGCUCCUAACCUUCCUGAAGGAGAAGCUAUAUCCUUUUGCUUUGGUGGUCCAUGUUUACUGCUUGCGUUAAUGGUUGCCUUACUUUCAAAGCUUGCUAAAAUCUAG